UAUUAGUUUAUAACAAGUACCUAAAUUUUAACAAAAACUGGUCAAAAUAGUGUAAAAACUUUGAAAUAUUUACUACAACAAAUUGUAGUAGAAAUUCUAUUUAAAAAGCCAUUUACAUAUCGCUUAACACAUCAAGACUCCUUGCAACAUUGUAUUUAUUAGUUAUAACUUCCAGCUGCUAUUUGAAUAACACUGACUGGGCUGGUUUAAUUCAGUAGAAACUAUUCUUUAGAAUAUUUUUUUCGUAAAUUUAAAAUAAAUCCCACAAUGUUGUUGCAGACAAUGUACAAAUGUAUCGGAUGUAUAGAUUAGUUGUAACUUAUGGCGAAGCUUUAACCGAUUGGAAUCCAGUAGUACCUCCUCGUCCGCGCUGGGGGCCAAAUAUGCUCAUGUUGAGACAACACAACAGUCCAGCAUUUGAGUAUUGGAAUAACCAUCAUGAAGAUAACAUAUGGGAACACAGCGGCCUGUUUGAAGGUGACAUCAUGUUGCAUCGUGAAUAUUUACGUAAUGGCUUAUUGAAUGAAAAAGCCACUUGGCCCGAUGCCACCGUGCCAUUUUAUAUAGAUAGUCAAGAUUUUGAUGAAGCACAAAUGAUGACCAUAUUCAGAGCCUUUAAGGAAUAUCAUGAUAAAACCUGCAUACGUUUUCGUCCAUAUGAAAAGGGAGACAAGAACUGGAUAGUAUUCAAAGGUAACUAUUCCGGUUGCUGGUCCAGCGUAGGCCGUAGAACAGGUGGUCAAGUGCUUAAUCUCAAUACACCAAAAUGUGUAACACAUGGGGUUGUGGUUCAUGAAAUAUUGCACGCCUUGGGUUUCUAUCACCAACAAUCAGCUACAGAAAGAGAUGAAUAUGUUAAAAUAAACUGGGAAAACAUUUUACCAGGACAUGCUCAUAACUUUAAUAAAUACGCUCGCACGCAUGUUAGUAAUUUUGGUAUCGAGUAUGAUUACCAAAGUGUUAUGCAUUAUAGUUCGAAGGCAUUUAGUAAAAAUGGUAAAACCACCAUAGAGCCCUUGGAUCCCGAUGCUAGUUUAGGUCAACGUAAAGGUUUAUCGGAAAAAGAUAUAGAAAAAUUAAAUGAAAUGUACGAUGAAGAUUGUAAUACUUUUAACAUAUUUAAUUUUGAUCGAUUUGGAAAUUCAUUGAAUGAAAUUAUAGAUUAUUUCCAAGGAACAUUAGAUAAAAUAUUCACUUAAUAUUAAAAGUUAAAAGAGAGAAUAAUUUAAGUAUAAAAAUAAACUGUUAAAAACACAUAAAAAGAUUACACAGUUAGACAAAAAUAAAUGCCUUUGCUU